UAUAUAUAUAUAUACUAUGGAAAUUCUCGUAUUAAUAAUAUUUAUCUUUCUAGAAGUAUAUCUAUCGAUAAAUAAUUAUAUCUUCAACUUGCCGGAAUUAACGACACUUUCUCCCGCGUUGGAAAAGUCUAACGACAAUUUUAUGACGUUGAAUGACGAAGGAAGUGGGAAUAAGAAAGAGAAAGAUAAACGAUAUAAAAAUAAAAACGUGAUUCUACGCGGGGACGAUUUGGAUUCACGAUUAUGCCGUCGAGAUAUUUCUACGUCUUUCGUGCCGUUCGAUUCCACGAAAGUGGGAAAAAUAUUGUCCCGCUUGGUUAAAAAGGAAACGCACGACAAUUAUUAUAAGGUGAAGAGGAGCGUAGCGACGAAACUGCGGAAAAAAGCGGACGUUUUAGGACGUCUUUUGAUGAACAGUGCAUCGAAUAAAAGUAACGAAUACAAUUACAAAGAUCCAGACGAUAAUUUAAGAGGUGGGAAUAAUGAUAAAAUUAAUUGGGAUGCACUUUUAAACGAGGAUGGGCCAAGUAUCAUGGAGUUAAUGGUUUUGAACGAAAAGCAGAGGAAAAAGUUGUAUCCCAAUUUGUAUCUCCAUGAUGACGAAAAUAAUUAUUAAUAAUCACACGAUAUAUUUUAUAAU